GUCGUGUAUGCACCGACACUCCAGAUCGGUUGGGAAAUCAAGAGAAAACCCUCUGGCUACCGUUCACAUAUCGUUGAAUAAUUAUGUACAAAACGGUGCGGAAAGGCGAUGCCAGUCUGCAGUACACGAUACUGCCGCAGACGGAUCAGUUCUCGUCUGGCGGAUUCCCGCAGGCUUCCAGUAAGGCUCGACCGAGGAUUAUCAAGUACACGAUGGCCACUAUAAUGGUACUGAUCAUAUUGUCUUGCGUGGCCACGCCAUUCUUGAUGAAUCAGAAUGAUCACAACCUCUUCGCCAGCACAAUGCGCGCGAUUAGCCGGGUAGAGCCAGUCAGGAACACGUCAAGAAAUCACACGAAGAACAUCAGUGAGAGUAAAAACAGAAACAAGAUUUCCUCAAUAUCGACAACCGAGGUCAUAAGGAGAAAAGACCUUGAAGACGGUACGACUUCUUUCAAUGUAAUUCUCCGAGGUGAGGAAGAAGAGGAAGUUAUGGUUGAUGACGCUACUUUAGCAGACACACCGGAAAUUAGUACACAAGUGAUUUCGAGCAUGGAAACGUCGACGAGGGAUCAUCAAAUGACAACAACUUCCGCUCUACCGUCGGCAUCGACGACGAUCUUCUCGACAUUGCCGACGACAUCGAAAGUGUUCUCGAGCGGUACGACGGAAGACACAAAGACACUGAGCACGUCCAAAAAGCCAAAAAUGCCGAGAGUGACCCUGAAGUUGCGAGAGAACGAAACCAUACCACAAAUGUAUGUGAAAGCGGGCAUAGCCUCCUAUAAGAAGGGCAACAUCGCCACCAGCGUCCUCGCGAGUGGGCUGAGUCUCGAAGGCUUGAUAUUCAAAACGCCGGAAGGCACGAUAAAACCCUGGCCCCAGAAAUGGUUCCUUGGCGAGCCCUCCGAUUCCGACGUCAAGACGUGGAAAGUGUUCGCCGUGAACCAUAUACCGAUGAUAACAGUUUAUGCAAUCUUUGGAGGAAUGUGUGCAACAGCGUGUGGUCUAAUCGCUCUAAUGAUUCACGUGCAACGUGGUGCACGUAAAGCGAUUAGACGUGCAGGACAGAACAUUGAGGAGCCAGAAGUCGAGGAACAUGAAUCGACUCUGCUGGGCGCGGAGAGCCAAGAGAUCGAAGAAAAGGAGUAAUCCUGGCGACGAACACGACGCACCCGUACAUAGCGCGCGUAAGACUUGCCUAUUUUUACAAACACACGUCGGUUUUAGGCUUAGAUGUCUUCCACAUUUGGAAGUUAGAAGAUCAAUAAACGCGGGAGAAUAUGAGAAGGAUUUUUUUACGAUGCGAUGUAGCCAGCUGUAGAGAAUCACAGUACGAAUGCA